AUACAUAAGAUUAGAUUGUGAAGAGCGAAAACAAAUAAGAAGGCCAAGUCAAAUUACACAAAACGGAUUGUGGAGAGCCAAACCAAGAAGGCAGACAGAGAGACGUAUAAAGUUGCAAUCACAAAGAAUAAGAGAUAAUGACAGGAGAACCAUCUUUAUGCAUUAGAGGGUGUGGCUUCUUCAGCACGUCACAAACCAAGAACCUCUGUUCUAAGUGCUACAACGAUUUCUUAAAGGAAGAGUCAUCCAGAUACGUGGCCACUUUCAAUAUCAACUCGAAAACAGCGGCGAAGGCCGCUGAAGAGGUCACAGCCGAGGAGGCAACAGUGGUGGAGGCGGUUGUGGUGAAGAAGAAGGAUAAGAAGAUUAUUAGUAGAUGCAAUGCGUGCAAGAAGAAGGUGGGGUUGCUAGGGUUUCACUGUAGAUGUGGCCACAUGUUUUGCGGGUCUCACCGUUACCCUGAAGAGCAUUCUUGUCCCUCGGAUUAUAAAUCUGCAGCCAUUGACGUCUUAGCAAAACAAAACCCUAUCGUCAAGGGUGAUAAACUCUUCAGACUUUAGUCAACCUCUAUGCUUUUGUGUUUUUUUUUAUUAACUGUUUUUUUCUCUGCCAUUGGUAAUUAAAAAAAAUAACUUAG